GAAACUAUGAACAUAUCCGUAAACGGGCAAUCUCAGGUGCCUCCGGGGUUCAGAUUCCAUCCGACCGAGGAAGAGCUCUUGCAGUAUUACCUCAGGAAGAAGGUUUCUAGCGUCAAGAUCGAUCUCGAUGUUAUUCGUGACGUUGAUCUCAACAAGCUCGAGCCUUGGGAUAUUCAAGAGAUGUGUAAAAUAGGGACGGCGCCUCAGAACGACUGGUACUUCUUCAGUCACAAAGACAAGAAGUACCCGUCGGGGAUGAGGACGAACCGAGCCACCACGGCCGGCUUCUGGAAGGCCACAGGCCGCGACAAGAUCAUUCACAGCAAUGGCCAAAGGAUCGGAAUGAGGAAGACUCUGGUUUUCUACAAAGGAAGAGCCCCCCACGGCCAGAGAUCCGAUUGGAUCAUGCAUGAAUACCGACUCGACGAUAAUAUCUCCUCCGAUGACACCAGCGUAAGUUUCUUCGUUGCGAAUAUUACAGGGGAAACAUCAGUGGAAGAAGGGUGGGUGGUUUGUCGUACUUUCAAGAAGAAGAAUCUUCGUAAAACCCUAACCGGCGGAGAGACAACGUCGUCACAGAUGUUCAACAAAGAGACCAUCGAGCGAUUUCCCGAAACUAUGGGGCGAUCUGGUCAGGAAGAGCUAAAUAUAGACCCUUUCAGGAAACACCUCACCCUCGAGAGCCCUAGUGAUGCAACGAGCAGUUAUCACGAUGGACCAGUCAACAGCUGCCACGUCAGAUGGGAAGCCUUAGACCGGUUCGUGGCCUCGCAGCUCAACGGGCCCACCUCCUACCCGACAGUCGAUGAGAGCCACUCCGACAAUGAUCUCGCCUUGCCCACUUCGUUCCACGGUCUGAACCAGCUCGGUUUGUACCAAGCAGAUCUGAAGCAGGAUUUCGCACCGGAUAUGGAGCUGUGGAACUUAGCCUUUGGGAAGACGACGUCAUCGUUAUCCGACCCAUUGUGGCACACGUCAAAUGGUAGUGAAUGACGGAAAACAUAAAUCAUAUAUAUAGUUGCUGAAACAUAAACAAAUUAAGUCGGGUUAAUUUGUGAUAAUUGCAGUGGUUAUUUGAAAUUAUUGUAAUAAGUUGCA